AAAUCGCUUGAAUCCACUGAGCUGUAUAGGUACAAAGUUUUGUUGAUCUUUGAUGGUCUAGAUGAGUGUCGCCUUCCUCUAGAUUUUCAAAACGAUGAGAGCUGGUUUGAUGUAACAAAGAAAACGUCACUGGAUGUGCUGUUGACUAACCUCAUUAAGGGGAAUCUGCUUCCAUUCGCUCUCCUCUGGAUAACCUCCCGGCCAGCAGCAGCCAAUCAGAUACCUCCUGACUGUGUUCACCAGGUGACAGAGAUCCGAGGGUUCAGUGACACCCAGAAGGAGGAGUAUUUCAGGAAGAGAUUUAGUGAUCAGGGUCUGGCCAGCAGGAUUAUCACACAUGUGAAAUCAUCAAGGAGCCUCUUCAUCAUGUGCCACAUACCUGUGUUCUGCUGGAUUUCAGCCACUGUUCUUGAGAGGCUUUUUAGUGAGACUGACAGUGGAGAAAUUCCAAGGACUCUGACUGAAAUGUACACACACUUCCUGAUCUUUCAGGUGAGUUUAAAAAAUGACAAGUAUAUGGAAAACGGUGAAACCAAGUUUAAUAAAUGCAUUGGAUCUGGCAAGGAAUUCCUUUUAAAACUUGGUAAACUGGCUUUUCACAACCUUGAGAAAGGCAAUCUCAUAUUUUAUAAGCAAGAUCUGACAGAGAAUGGCAUAGAUGUCACAGAGGCUUCAGUUUACUCUGGAGUGUGCACAGAAAUCUUUAAAGAGGAGUAUGGGUUGUACCAGGAGAAAGUGUACUGCUUUGUGCAUCUGAGCAUCCAGGAGUAUCUCGCUGCUUUAUACAUGUUUCUGUCAAACUCAUCAGCUGACCUGCUGAAGACUGCAGUGGAUGAAGCAUUAAUGAGCAAGAAUGGACACUUGGACCUCUACCUCCGCUUCCUCCUUGGCCUCUCAACAAACUCCAGUAAGAUUCUGUUACAAAGACUACUGGGACAGACAAGAACCAGUUCACAUAACAUUAAAGAAACAACGCAGUACAUCAAGGAGAAAAUACAGGAGAAUUUAUCUGCAGAAAGGACCAUCAACCUGUUCCACUGUCUGAAUGAACUGGGUGACAUUUCUCUAAUAGAGGAAGUACAAAGAUACCUGAGUUCAGGAAGUCUUUCAGCAGAAAACCUCUCACCUGCACAGUGGUCAGCUCUGGCCUUUGUGUUACUGAUUCGUCACAUUCAGUUAAAAGAAGAAGGCUGUUCUUUGCUGGCUUCAGCUCUGAGGUCAAACUCCUCUCAGCUGACAGAGCUGGACCUGAGUGACAAUGACCUGCAGGAUUCAGGGGUGAAGCUGCUCUUUGCUGGACUGGGGGAUUCACACUGUAAACUGGAGACACUGAGGCUGUCAGGCUGUAGAGUCACAGAAGAAGGCUGUUCUUCCCUGGCUUCAGCUCUGAAGUCAAACCCCUCUCACCUGAGAGAGCUGGACCUGAGUGACAAUAACCUGCAGGAUUCAGGGGUGAAGCUGCUCUUUGCUGGAUUGCGGGAUUCACACUGUAAACUGGAGACACUGAGGCUGUCAGGCUGUAGAGUCACAGAGAGAGGCUGUUCUUCCCUGGUUUCAGCAAUGAGGUUAAACUCCUCACACCUGAGAGAGCUGGACCUGAGUGACAAUGACCUGCAGGACUUAGGGGUGAAGCUGCUCUCUGCUGGGCUGCGGGAUUCACACUGUAAACUGGAGACACUGAGGCUGUCAGGCUGUAGAGUCACAGAAGAAGGCUGUUCUUCCCUGGCUUCAGCUCUGAGGUCAAACUCCUCACACCUGAGAGAGCUGGACCUGAGUGACAAUGACCUGCAGGAUUCAGGGGUGAAGCUGCUCUCUGCUGGACUGGGGGAUUCACACUGUAAACUGGAGAAAUUGAGGGUGUCUAUCUGUAGAGUCACAGAGAGAGGUUGUUCUUCCCUGGCUUCUGCUCUGAGGUCAAACCCCUCACACCUGAGAGAGCUGGACCUGAGCUACAAUCACCCAGGAGACUCAGGAGUGAAGCUGCUCUCUGCUCUACUGGAGGAUCCCAGCUGUAAACUGGAGAAACUGAAUGUGGAUCACAGUGGAGAGUGCAGGACCUGCCCAGGGAUCCAGAAAUACUCCUGCCAGCUGACGCUGGACCCCAACACAGCAAACAGACUCCUGUCUCUGUCAGAGGGGAACUGGAAGGUGACACGGGGGGCAAAGCAGCAGCCAUAUCCUAAUCAUCCAGAGAGAUUUGACUGCUGCAGCCAAGUUAUGUGCAGGGAGAGUCUGACUGGUCGCUGUUACUGGGAGGCUGAGUGGAGUGGAGUUGCCUGGAUAGGAGUGACUUAUAAAGGAAUCAGGAGGAAAGGAUUUAGUGCUGAAUGUCGGCUGGGAUUCAGUGACAAGUCAUGGAGUCUGUACUGCUCUCCUCGCCAUUACUCUGUCUGGCACAAUAAUAAACAGACUGACAUACCCAUAAAGCCCUCAGGCUCCCGCAGAGUAGGAGUGUAUCUGGACUGGGCGGUUGGUACUCUGUCCUUCUACAGAGUCUCCUCUGAUGGACUGACCCUCCUGUACAGCUUCACCUCCUCUUUCACUGAACCCCUCUAUCCAGGGUUUUGUGUUCAUGAUGACUCCUCCGUGUCCCUGUGCAUGCCGGGAUAGCUCACUGUGUGCUGGAGGAAUCAUUUUUACCUUAUCAGAGUGUCACA